AAAUCAAUUGUCACAUUUUGUUGACAAUACAUUAUACAUCGUCGAAUUUUCUGAUAAAUACUUCGACGCUAUUGUUAUAAUAAUAAACUAAUAAAACGACAGAAACAUUGAAUAUAACACAGUCUAGCAGUCGUGCCGAUUGUGACAGAUGUAGUGUCUAUUAAACAAGUGCGAGUGUUAAAGAUCCAGUAGUUCAGAAACACCCAUUUUCCAAUCAAAAUGACUUCCAUUUUCGACCAGUACGAGCAAGCUUCGCAGAGUUCCCAGCGACCUAAGCCUGUGACAGAGCCUAUGGUAUCAUCUGGGUACAUAAACAUGUUGAUGGAAGACAAUACUCCAAUGUUUUCCAAAAGUAAAAUGAUGCUGAAGAACCUAUCUGAUGCGAUCACACAUGCAGCAGUGUGCAAUGAUUAUCUAGUUCUAGCAAUGGCUAAUGGGAACCUGUUUCGUCUAAAUCUGAAGAAGCCGGAUCGUGGAGAAGAAAUCCAGUACUCAAAGUUUGUCCAACCAAACUCGAAGCUUACAGGAAUCUUCCUGGACCCACUUGGACAUCACCUACUCAUGGCAUUCACAUCGAAGAAGAAAGAUGGCUACCCAGAGCUCAUAUACUUACACCAGAGCAGUUCCAAAUAUAAACUAGUCAGCAAAUCUAGGAACUAUGAGGUUACCGAAGUAGGUUGGAACUGGGAGAAUACCUCAGAGGUUAAUACCGGUCCGAUACUCCUUGGUACGUCACAGGGCCAUAUUAUAGAGACUGAGUUAGAAGCUGACAGCGACAAGACUUUUACAGCCAGUCAUCCUUAUUGGAGAGAGCUGCCUAGCUAUCUCCCUCUGUAUGGGAGCAAGGAUAUUGAUGGUUUGAUCUUCGACAUCGGCAAAGGAACGGACAUGCCAAUAACUGGCAUACAGUUCCACAGAGUAAAUAACACAAGUAGAUACUUUAUUUUUAUCACUACACCAACGAGGUUGUAUCAGUUUAUGGGCCAGGCUAUCAUGAAGGACAACAAACCGAGUCUCCAGUCCAUUUUCUAUGCAUACUUGACUAUCCCUGAGACUGGGUUCCAAGAGAUACCGUCUACCUUAAAGUACUCGAAGCUGCAGUUCUUUGAUAAGAAUGAUGUUCCUAAGACUUUUGCGUGGUUAACUGAGCCGGGUAUUUUCUAUGGACAGCUGGACCCAACUUCCCAACAGAACUCAAACUCACUGUUCACUCAGGGAGCUCUAAUCAGUUACCCAACAGACGGAGAUGAGCCGGAGAACGCUCCUCUAUCCUUCGUCCUCACAGAGUUCCAUGUACUCCUUAUGUACUCCGACAGAGUCAAGGUCAUCUCCCUCAUCAGCCAGGAACUAGUCUUCGAAGACAGAUACUCAGAAGCUCAAGGAAAACUUAAAAAUAUAGUAAGAGACGCCAAAAAGAGAACAAUAUGGGCCAUCACAGACAAAUGUGUGUUCCGAUACAAAGUUGUAAGAGAAGAACGCAAUCUGUGGAUCAUUUACUCUGAUAAGGAACAGUUUGAUCUAGCCAAAGAAUACUGCUACAAUAACCCAGCUUACAUCGACGUGAUCAACGUCAAACAAGCUGAACUACUCUUCAAUAAAGGAGAGUAUGAGAAAAGCGCCGCCAUAUUUGCAGACACGCAAAAGAGUUUUGAAACAAUAUGCCUCAAGUUUUUAGAAAUAGAACAAAUCAAUGCUCUGAAAGUGUACUUAGAGAAGCGAUUGGAGACUUUAAAAGAUGAUGAGAAGACUUUAAUAUCCAUGUUGGUUAUAUGGAUGACUGAAUUGUACUUGUCACAGUUAGGGCUUCUGCGUCGAACAGGCAAGCAAGAUACAGAGGAAUACCAUCAAAUACAAAGCAACUUUGAAGUAUUUCUACUGCAUCCCAAAGUUGCAAAAUGUAUGCAACAUGUCAAAUCUGUUGUGUACGACUUGAUGGCUUCUCAUGGCGAUAAACUAAAUUUGAUCAAGCUAACUAUAAUUAACGAGGAUUACGAGAGUGUAGUAUCUCAGUAUAUUAGCAAGAAAUCUUAUUUAGAAGCGAUAGAUACGUUAAAAACUUUGAAGAGGCCGGAGCUGUUCUAUCAGUUCGCUGCGGCGCUUAUGGAGGAGAGUCCUAAGCAUACUGUGAAUGCUUUGAUAUCUCAGGGAGCUAGAUUAAGCCCCUCAAAGUUGCUGCCAGCAUUUUUAUCUUGUAAGAAUGAUGAGGCUCAUGUAUCCGAGAUUAUAAGAUACUUGGAGUUUAUAUUGCAGCACUUUAACGUGAGAGACAAGGCGAUACAUAACUACCUAUUGACGUUGUACGUGGAGCACGAUCAUGAGUCGCUCAUGAUGUACCUCUCCCGGCAAGGACAGGACGUUGCUAUGGUCAAUUAUGAUGUGCAUUAUGCUCUAAGAUUAUGUCGCGAGAAGAACUUAUCAGAAGCCUGUGUGAAACUGUCAGCGUUGCUCGGUCUGUGGGAUUCAGCAGUGGAACUGGCGCUGCAAGUCAGCCUGACCCUCGCCAAGAGUAUAGCUGACAUGCCAGAACAGACGGAGCUUAGGCGGCAGUUGUGGCUCAAUAUAGCUGAAAACGUGAUCACGAAGAAUCAAGACAUGCAAGAAGCCAUGAGCUUCCUGGAGGAGUGCCCGCUCAUCAAGAUCGAAGACAUACUGCCGUUCUUCAGCGAUGUCGUCACCAUCGACCACUUCAGACAACCUAUCUGUGAUUCUUUGCAGGAAAACAACAACCAAAUAGAAGAAAUGAAGGCCGAAAUGGAAGAGGCAAUCGCGGCUGCUGAAUACGUACGCGCAGAGAUCCAAUCAUUCCGCAACCGCAGCGUGACAGUACUAGUGUCAGACGUGUGUUGCCUGUGCGACAUCGCGCUGCUACUGCGUCCCUUCUACCUGUUCCCCUGCGGACACAAGUUCCACAGCGACUGUCUCAUGCAGGAGACGUUACCUAUACUGACACCGGCCCGCCGCAACAAGCUAUCAGACCUUCAAAGGCAGUUGCAAGUUCUGUCGAACAUCGAGCUCUCGACGAUCACGUCCAGUGGCCUCCCACUCCGAGAGAUCCUGAGGAAUGAGAUCGAUGACCUGAUAGCCAGCGAGUGCAUCUUCUGCGGCGAGUACAUGAUCAACUGCAUUGACAAGCCGUUCAUCAACGAUGAAGACUGGGAUAAGGUUAUGAAGGAAUGGGAGUGAGAGAACUAUUAUCUUUAUUUAUAUGAAAUUAUCGAUUUUGCUAGCAGGUCCAUCUCCAAUAGAUUUACGACUUUAUAUCAAAUAUAAUAAUGUUGAAAAUCUUAUAAAGAAAGACAGAAAGAAGUAGAUGGACCUGCUGGCCACUACUCAAUAUUAGUGUUGUAUUUGAUAGUCGAUUUGUAUAUUCAAGAUAAAAUAGAUAUGUACGACGUUUAGCUAUAAGUAUAUUAUAUAGUUGUAGUUAGGAAGUAGCAAAUGCUUUAUUUUCUUGUCCUUCUCUGAUGUAAUGUUAUGUGUUAGUUUUUUAAGUUCUUUUUCAAGUGCAAUGUAAACUGUUGAUGAAAAGCUAGCUGUUAUGUAUUCUUUGUGUAGAAUUGUAGAUGUAUUUAGUUGUGUAAGGCAAAAGUAUCCAUGUAUGUGCAUUGUGUAUAAUAUUUAGUUUGCUGACUGAUUUAUUUAAGUGAAGUUUUAUACUGUGAUCUAUAGGAAAUCCUACCAUCGUGGAGUCUAAAUAUUAUAAAAGUAAUAUAUUAUUAUGUAUAUUUUGUAUUACCCAAUAUAUGUAAUGUAACCAAUAAUAAAACACUUAUAAACGGA